AUGAGCUCGGUCUCCAAACAACGGUUCCUCAAUCUCUUGUCCACGGGCAUAUUUGCCAACUUGAGUCCCGAAAGACUAGAGAACUUAUACCACGACGUGCGGCUGUUUAUGCUGUCUUCGGCCAGUACACUCGACACGGCCGACCUCUACGAUAUGUACGAGCUUCAAUUCUACCUUCUGUUGCUCAGCAACCGCGAUGUGGAGGCCAAACUGUUCUUGGACCGAAUCAACGAUCUCCUUGCCGGCAAAAAGUCGCAGAAACUCGCCGUGUUGCAGUCCAUGUAUUGGGAGGCCGUUGCCGAUGACGACACGGCGCUGCGGUGCUUGCGAGACGAUCCAAACGAGCUCCGGGCCUCGAGACGUCUCAUGGCUCUCUCGCGUAGAAACAAGGACCGUGAAGAGACCAUCCCUACAUACAUUAAGAGCUUGAAUUUCUACUUGAAGCUCCAGGCCUGCGAUACGCUUGUGUGGGCGGAGCUUGGUGACACAUACCAUAGUAUUGGCGAGUACGAAAAGGCAGUGCACUGCUAUAAAGAGGUGCUAUUGCAAGAACCGGCAGCAUACAACAUGUUUUAUAAGGCUGGCUUGAGUUUAUACUAUCAGCUCCUCAAAUUGAUGGCCGGCAAGGCCAGUCGAAAGGAGUUGAUGCUGCUGGGAAUGCAGACGUUAGAACACUCGCGAGACUGUUUCCUUCGCGCCGUCGAAAUUAGUGAGUCCUAUACUAAGGGCUGGGUGGGCGCCUACAUUGUCAGCGGAAGCGAUUUUCUCGUAAAACUUCGUGAAGACAAGGCUUCUUCUGGGGUUGCUGCCGUAGAAAGGUUUCUCAUGGAAACAGAGAAGAUCCACCAAUUGAGCAAGGAGAGAAUCAUGGCCCUUGAAAAUCUCAAUACUGAUGAGGAGUUGGAAGCUUUCUUGCAGCAGUGA